GGGGCUCGCGCACCGUUCGCUGCUCGCUCCCGUUCUCUGUCUCUUCGCUGGUGGGCGGGGCUCGCUUUCCCGGUGUUUGGCGGCGGCGGCGGCCUGAGAAUCUGAAAAACAGCAAUAUGAACUGCUGUGCUUGUGCUUCUUGACAGAAGGUGAUGCUAAGAGGGAAAAUCUACAGUGAUCAACAGGUUGUCCAAGAAGGUUUUUGACAACUCGUCUGUUGCCUUGGAAGCUGGAGGAUUGCUGUCCCCAAGCAGAUAUUUGCCAUUUCCUGCCUUGAUGCAAAGCAGCACUUGAAUUAAACCUGCCACUCUCUGUUCCUUGAGGAAACAGAUUCUUAUUGCUGUGUAAUUGAACACUAAAUACAGGGAACCUAUUAUGUCUAAGAGGCAAAACCAAAAAGGUGAGUGGAGUGAAUAUAUGGAAAGAAAUAUUGUGCAUGCCAGCAUCGCAUCUAGUUUGACCCUUGUGAUCUGUACUUUGGGGAGUUGCAUGGAAAGAUUCAUCAGGAUUUAUUUUUGAUGUGCAGUCCAAUACUGUGAUGGCUCAAGGAGGUACCUUUGAAAACAUGAAAGAGAAGAUCAGUGCUGUGAGAGCAAUAGUCCCCAACCGCAGCAACAACGAAAUUAUCCUGGUGCUGCAGCACUUUGAUAACUGUGUAGAUCGAACUGUGCAGGCUUUCAUGGAAGGUAGUGCCAGUGCAGUGUUGAAAGAAUGGACAGUAACUGGAAAGAAAAAGAACAAAAAGAAGAAAACUAAGCCAAAGCCUCCUGCAGAAUCGAGGGCCAGCCUUCCUGACCCCAGCAAGCCAGCAUCCACCGAAGAAGAACAGUCUGUAGCUUCAUCUGAUAAGGGUGGGAUCAACGGUUACCAUGUCAAUGGCUCGGCCAAUGACACGGAGUCUGUGGACUCACUCAGCGAAGGUUUGGAUGCGCUUUCCAUAGAUGCCAGAGAGUUGGAGGAGGGCGAGCCUGCAAUGCCUGAGGUGCCUGAUGGAGCAGUAACAUUAGAAAACGGGCUAGCAGACCUCAGUCCAAAGCCUGCCACCACACGGUCUGCCCAGCCUCUCCGGGUGCAGCCUGAACUGAGAAGCUCCAGCAAGCCGCUCUCCAGGCCUGUAUCCAGCAACCAUUCACCUGCCCCUUCAUCUCUGACGAUGCUGGAUGAGGUCCCUGCGUCCUCUGGAAACAAAAAGCUAGGUUCUAAUAUUGAAAAAUCAGUGAAAGACCUCCAACGGUGCACUGUGUCACUGGCUCGGUAUCGUGUUGUAGUUAAAGAAGAAAUGGAUGCCUCCAUUAAGAAAAUGAAACAGGCCUUUGCAGAACUUCAGAGCUGUCUCAUGGAUCGAGAAGUAGCCCUUCUAGGUGAAAUGGACAAAGUGAAAGCAGAAGCAAUGGACAUCCUAAGCAGCCGGCAAAAGAAGGCAGAGGCGCUGAAGAAGAUGACUGAUGUGGCUGUCCGAAUGUCCGAGGAGCAGUUGGUAGAGCUUAGAGCUGAUAUAAAGCACUUUGUUAGUGAGCGCAAAUACGAUGAAGAUCUUGGAAGGGUGGCUCGUUUCACUUGUGACCUAGAUGCACUCAAGAGGAGCAUUGAAUCUUUUGGACAAGUUUCGCACCCAAAGAACAGCUACUCCACCAGGUCACGGUGCAGCUCUAUUGCCACGUCUGUGAGCAGCCCAGAUGAGCCCAGUGCCGCAAGCACAGUAUGUGCCUCUGUCUCUGCUCCGAGCCUUACGACGACCAAUAAGAAACCACCACCCCCUGCAGAAGCCGCUGCAAAUGCAACAAGCCGUCCAUAUCAGCCCUACCGUGAGGGUUUCCAGGGUAAUAGAAGAUCUGGUCAAGGUUACAGGGCCCAAGUGCAACGCCAAAAUGGGCCCCCACACCCCAAUUCAAAUCGGUACCGAAGCGGGCCUUGGUACCAGUCCAACUCCAGGUCCCGGCCACCUCCUGGAAACGCAAACAGCCUCAGCCAGACUUACUCCACAGGAACCAAUGGAACUGGUGCUGAGCCUGGUGUGCCAGCCCCAACUGCACAGUCCCAUUCGGGCACACUCAGCAAAGAAGCCAAGGCUCUGCCGCAGCGGAAACCUAGGUCAAGCCAAUAUGAGGCGGCCAAUUCCUGAAGAGCACGAACUCUCUGCCACUUCCCAAAACUGGAUGACGAGACUGUAGGACACACCUAGCUAGAGAUAUUAACAAAGGAACGUUUACACUUGCUGCCCCCUUUGCCACUUUUCUCUUCCUUUAAUCAUUCCUUUCUGGGAAAAGCGGCUCCCUAGCGCUUCUCCUGCCCUUGCUUUCUGCCACGUGACAUGGGUCAGGCUUCAGUGGAAAAUGCACACAUGAUCUCCAGGCAUGGCCUUGGCAAACCUCACUGCUGCCACCUCCUUUGCACUCUCUGGCUCCUCUUAUUCUGGUGCCGUCCUUAAACAUGGGCAGACUUUCAGCCCUAGAAGCAAAAAAUAAAAAAGGGGGGAUGUCUUCCAAGAACCCCAGCCCAAAAGCUUUUGCUCUCCCCUCGCCCUCCCUGAAUGCUGCUAGCCAGGCCUUACUCCUAACAGCAAAACUCUUCAUGCU